ACUCUAGCUUUGUGCCAAAGGGAAGUGGAACAGAGCAAGGCCGUGCAUCCAGGCAGGCCCGGCUGUCAAGCAAGGCGAGAGAGGCUCCACCUCGCUGCCUUCCACCAGGUGCCGCACGGUCCUCGCACGGCCCGCACUGCCUGAGUCAGGAACUGCUCGGGGCAGCGGAGCCUGGGAGCAGGGGCUGGGCCACGAGCCGCCUGGAGGGCGAGGGCAAGCGCAAGCGCAGCUCCCCUCAGAACAACGGUGAUAGGGCCACGUGCGCCACCCCGAUCCCGUUUCUGUCCGGGCCGCGGCCGCCGCCUCAGCCUCGGUACCCGCCGAAUCCAACCCCGAACGUCCACCCCAAACCUGGCUCCCGCCUCGCGGCCCGGGCACGUUCCGCGCAUGCGCUAAAGGCGCGCGCGGGAAGGUGCCAUCGGCGUCGGCGGCGCCCGGCUUUUCUGUGCGCAUGCGUGAGUAGGACUCGCUGCGGGCUCCCUGAGCCGGCUGCCGUAAAUGCGCCGGAAGUAAUCUCAACGUCUCCGCUCCGGGUCGGCAGUGUACGCAUGCGCUGUGUGAAGAAGCUGCCCAGCUGGCGCAUACGCGCGAAGGCUGCUGCUGUCGCCGGCUGCUUUUGGCGGUGCCGCGUCUUGUCACCAGCCAGUGCGCAGGCGCGUCCCGGUGUCGCCGCCGCCCCUCACUGAGUGACUGCGCAGUGUCGUCAAGCGCCGCUGGGAUCAGCGCGGUUCGGCGCAGCCCGUUCGCGGGAGGGGUCCGGCGCCGGUCUCGAGCCGGCCGGACUCGUCCCACGUGUCCCCUCCGAGAGGCUUCUGUCCUCGCUGUGUGGGCCAGCGCUGCCCCCGUCGCCCUCCCGCUGAGAGGACGCAGGGCCCCCAGGCCGUGCGAGGCCCAAGGCGGCCCGUGUGUAGGCUGAGGAGCCAGCGCCUGUCCCGGGUGCGGGGCGCCGUGCUAUCCCCGUUUCCCGGUGAGAUCAGAGAGGGGCAGGCCGGGCAGCGGCAGGAUGAAGCUGGUGAGGAAGGACAUCGAGAAGGAUAACGCGGGGCAGGUGACCCUGAUCCCCGAGGAUCCCGAGGACAUAUGGCACACCUACAAUCUGCUGCAGGUGGGCGACAGCCUGCGGGCAUCCACCAUCCGCAAGGUGCAGACAGAGUCUGCCACGGGCAGCGUGGGCAGCAACCGCAUCCGCACCACCCUCACUCUCUGCGUGGAGACCAUUGACUUUGACUCGCAGGCCUGCCAGCUGCGGGUCAAAGGGACCAACAUCCAGGAGAAUGAGUACGUCAAGAUGGGAGCCUACCACACCAUCGAGCUGGAGCCCAAUCGCCAGUUCACGCUAGCCAAGAAGCAGUGGGACAGUGUGGUGCUGGAGCGCAUUGAGCAGGCCUGUGACCCAAGCUGGAGCGCUGAUGUGGCAGCCGUGGUCAUGCAGGAGGGGCUGGCUUAUAUCUGUCUCGUUACCCCCAGCAUGACACUGACCCGGGCCAAGAUUGAAGUGAACAUCCCCAGAAAACGAAAGGGUAAUUGCAGUCAACAUGACCGAGCACUGGAGAGAUUCUAUGAGCAGGUGGUGCAGGCAAUCCAGCGUCAUAUCAACUUUGAGAUUGUGAAAUGUAUUCUGGUGGCCAGCCCGGGGUUCGUAAGAGAACAGUUCUGUGACUACAUGUUCCAGCAGGCAGUCAAGACUGACAACAAGCUGCUGCUAGAGAACCGGUCCAAAUUCCUUCAGGUCCACUCCUCCUCGGGACAUAAAUAUGCGCUGAAGGAAGCUCUUUGUGACCCAGCUGUGGCCAGCCGUCUCUCUGACACCAAAGCAGCUGGUGAGGUCAAAGCCUUGGAUGACUUCUACAAGAUGCUGCAACAUGAGCCUGACCGAGCUUUUUAUGGCCUCAAACAUGUGGAAAAAGCCAAUGAGGCCAUGGCCAUUGAUACCCUGUUGAUCAGUGAUGAGCUCUUCAGGCACCAGGAUGUGGCUUCUCGCAGCCGAUAUGUGCGGCUGGUAGAUAGUGUGCGGGAGAACAUGGGCACAGUGCGCAUAUUCUCCAGCCUCCAUGUGUCUGGGGAGCAGCUUGGCCAGCUGACAGGGGUAGCAGCUAUCCUGCGUUUCCCUGUUGCUGAGCUCUCUGACCAAGAGGAGGAAUCCAGUUCUGAAGAGGAUUGAUGAUGAUGGCUCACUCCACCCUUCCCUCAUAGCAUAAUAAGACUAAAGUGACAGUCAUGGCACUUCCUUUCCAAAUACUGCAAGCAGAUGUGCCAUGGCAUGCAAUUUAACUUUUUGAGGACAGUAUUUUUUAGGUGUCUGGUUUUGUUCAACACACUCUACUGGAUAGUCAUAUAUAUUUGCACUUGCUGUGGUGAUGAUGAUGAUGGGUAUACUAUAGGUUGGGGUUGACCAUUGUUUGUACAAACUACACUCUGGAUCUCCAAGAGCACAACAAACUAAUAUAAAAUUCUCUGAUUUGGUUCCUGAAAGCUGCUGAUUAGGUAUUUUAAAGCAGAUGAGUUUCUCUGCCUUUUGGUGAAUGUACAAAAAAGGAUAAUAAAUUAAGAGGGGAAAAACACUAAAAUGUCACAUUUAUGUGCUUGCAAACAAUACUACAAAGUAUGGGAAGCAACAUGUUAGGUAUCAUAUUAUAAAGAAUACUGAUACUUUUCAAUCAGCUAUCCAAGGCUUGCCCAUCUGAAGGGCUAUGUUGACAACUAGGUCAGGAACCCAGGGGCCAUACAUUACUGAUGUAAAAAGGAGUAGAUUGUAGUAGGGAUGGGAAGAAUACCAGAUGUGGAUCUCUCUUCGUCAUGAGUCCAGCCAUUUGGCUGAAUUUGGCAAUAUUUAAUACUGUUCUAUCAGAAAUGGAAACUUUAACAAAAACAAAAAAAAUUGAAUUGACAAUAUCUCUUUAGACAUGAUGGCAACUGAAGGUCAAGGUGUGAAGCUGUAUGUGCCAUGCUUUUAACAUUUCUUUAAAUGCACUACUUCAGAUCCCUGUCAUGUGAGCUCCAGAAAGUUGUGCUAUAUGCUGGUUUAUAUGCUAUAAAUCAGACGCUCCAGCUUUAAUUAACUGUUUUCUAAUGAAUCAGCAUUGGGAUCAUGCUGCAAACCCUUACUUGCAUGAGUAAGGUUUGCAGAAUUAAGUCCAUAGCUUCCCCAGGAAUCCUUUUGGCAAUAGAUAAAUGGCUUGCAUUACAAUCUCACAAUUUGGUAUUCUCAUGUAGAUGUUUUUAAAAACAGGUAGGUACAAUACAAUACCUCUUGGAAAUAGAAGAUCUAAUUAGAGGCAGGACUUUGGCCUUUUUGAAGGUAAUGAUGGUUAGAAAAAGUUAACUUCGUUAUUUCCCAAUUUUAUUUAAUCUAUUUAUCCAUAUUUAUUAAAGAUGCUCAGAAUUGAGGUGAUCAAACAGUAAUCCAAUAUUUCCUGGAGUUUAUAGUUUGGAAAAAAAGUUUCGUGGAGGGGAAAGGGAGGGAAUCUUCAGAAUCUGAAACACAAUUAAGGAGGGGUUUUGGGUGGGGGAGGCGUUCAAGCAUAAUAGUGUAAUUUUUACAUACAAAUAAUACUCAGUUGUCAGGCAAGGCAUGGCCCCAAAUUUAGGUUUUUUUAUUCUUAUUCUUUAAAUAUAACUGAUAGAACUCAACUUAGGGGCAGCCCUUUAAUUAUAACUUGAAUUAACUGUAGUGAGUUGCAGUGGUCCACUUUGGAAAUCUGAUUAUAGGAAUCUUGGCCUUAGAGCUCAAUCAUGCAAGGUCUUGAACGCCCUCAACUCCUAUUGAACAUUUAUCUAUUUGAGGAAUUAUAAGUAAUCACUGAAUUUUUCUCUAACAAUUAGCACUAUUUCACUUUAAAAAAAAAAAAAAAAAAAAGACAUUCUUGUUGAAAGGCUGUAGUUUUAUUGGGCAAGGUCCUGAGCCACUAGCAAGGGUUGGAGUGCCCUCAGCUCACAUUAAAGUCAAUAUGAUUUGACAGAUACUCAGCACAUGGCAGAACCAAGUUGCAAUAAAUAGUCUUAAAUCUGAAAAGUUAGUUUUAUAGCACUAAAUGGUUUCACUGUGUCUAAAUACUGCAUAAGUGUUUUCUCCCUUGAGAUAGCUGUAUUAGGCCAGUAUGUUGGUAAGCAAACAUCAGUGGUCAUUAUUAAAUAUUACAAUAAUCUUCAGGAUAAUGCUAUUUUUAUAAUUAAGACCAGACUACAGCUCUGAGCUUGUAUUUGGCAUGGAUAGCUAGUGCCCCCUUUAAUUUGGUUGGAUUAAAAUAUCUUUACAUUGGUAUAAUUUGUUGAAUUAUGCUAUCCCAGACUGUGGGACAGAAGGGCUUGCUGGUUGUUUGUGUCAUGAGUGGAAAAAAUGAGUUCAUUUAAAAAAAGUUCAGUGGUACUACAUUCUUUAGCCUUUUCUAGUACAUGAAAGGUACAAAGUCAAAAUACUGUAAUUCCACAGUUCUACACUAUGUGCCUCUAACUAUGAUAGCAUGUACUGUAUUGUCAAAUACAGCUCUUCAAAUAAAUACAGCUAACCAAUAUAUCAGUUUUUUGGAAAGGUAUAAUUCUCAGAAGUGAGAGAACUUAUUUUUGCAGUUCAGUAACACUUUAUUUAUAGUGAUUUUGUUUCUUUGCAGUAUUUCUGUUUAAGUUUAGAAUUGGGAGUUCUGCAGUGAAUGAAAUUUGUAAAAUAUAGAUUUUUCUUUUAACUAUUAUUGCAGUGCUGCUAGUUUACUGGAAGAAAUUUAUACUUCCAGAAAACAAGAUGCCUGGAAAUUUUGUUCAUAAACACUUCUGUAGUGGAAUCAAACUCCAUAAAUGAUAUACAAGUAACAUGUAGAAAAAUGCAUCAGGUUUCAGGAAAAAGUGGAUGAAAUCAUCCGCCAGUUAGAUACAGUAAUGCAGACUCCUUACACUUGGCAGAGUUCCAUUGAUGCUGAUACCUUUAUAGUUAGAGGUAUUUGCCGAAGGGUUCUUUCCAUAUUGGCACAUGUACUUGCAAAGUUAAGUCCUUAAACUUAUAUAAACCAUAUACAGGAUACUUCACCACUAGAAGUCAGCAAGUGUUAAACAACACAGCAGUAUUACACUAUAACUUAGGACAGGAAAUUAGUACCUUUUCUAACCAAAACUGCAAUGGAAGUAGAGGUCCCUGCUCUGGGAUUGGGCCAGAACAUGGAGGGCCCUAUCCUUAAAUGUAUGCCUUUGGGUUUUUAGCAGUCACAAAGAGGACCUCAGUAUUGCCUUUCUGAAAGAAGGAUGAGAAGCAUAGACUUGUAUUAACUCUAUAUAAUAUGGUUUAUGCUGUGGUUACCUUAUUGAUCACCCCUUCACCCCAGAUCUGAGACUGUGAAGUAUAUGGGACUUAACAUAGAAAGAGGAGUCAGCUCUAGCAUAUCUGCUUGUAGGAUUGGAAUGUGGUGACCCAGCCUAUGCUUAACAUUAAGAGUAUCAGUAGUCCUGUUUAUUUUGAUCCAGUAAGCCCUGUUCCUGGACUGAAUAAUUCACUUGGGAAAAACCACUGCUGAUCUCAACAUGCAAGUGUUCUGGGAUUUUCAGUAUGAAAUUUACUAUAAAAAUAGAAUAUGAUCAGCAACUAAAAAAUAAAUCCACUUGAUUAUAUAUAUCUUAUUUUAUUUGCUUUGUAACAGCUUUUUUAGAGAAGAACAUGAUUAACACAGGCAAUCAUUUAUCUUUUUAUUUGGCAUUGAAUAGUUUUUUUUCUCAUUCAGGCCACUCAAAUAAAAUGCUAAUUUGACUAAACUUAAAACAAAUUUAUAGAGCAGUAUCACUCAGACCUCACUGGUUCAGGAGCCAAGUUAGCAAUCAACAUUACUGAAAAGAGCUACAGUAAUGUUAAUUCAUUAUAUGUAUAAUAUACACACACACACUCUCUUACAGUAAAAUGAGUAAGUAUUUUAUCAACUACAAUUGGUUAAUAACAUAGUAAAAGCAUCCUGACUGCUUAGUAACUUAGACUGGUUAAUAAUUAAAUCGCACCGUGUUUUAAUGUGUCUCCUGUGGCUCUUUGCAACAUAUAUUAAAGAGCCACUUGCAACUCUUGAGCCUCAGUCUGAACCCUCUAAUUUGAAACAUCCAUUUAAAAUGCAGACACUAAAUCUGGAUGCAGUGGUAGUGGACUCAGGGAUUCAUGAUAGUGAGCCUUGAAAUGUAAAACUUCAUUUUUAAGUUCCUUUUGUUACAGCAACACUAGUUAAAUAGAAACCGUAUAAUGAUAUUAAGGAUUAUAUUUUAUUGUUGUAUUCUUGGGUCUGACACCCUCCAAAAAAACCUUAAAUAUAGGUUUGGAGCAGAACAGGAUAGUACCAACUCCACUUAUUUUUAACUGUUGAAAAUAUAGAUGGACAAACAAUUUUUUUCUUUGUUACUUAGCAUAUAUUUGACAUUUUGUUCUGUUUACUUUGAACUAUACAUAAUGAAAAUGUAACCUACUUAUAAAAAGUGAACAUAUAUAUGUAGGCUUUUAAUGUUCAUUUUUGAAUUAGCUCAGCUAGACCACUGUAUACAUAACUAAAGUUUUCAUAUUUCUAGCUAUGCUUUCUUAAACAGAAAUGGCACAAGUUACCUCAUUUUUAGAAGGAAAAAUAUAUCAAGUGUCAGAUAGCAAAAACGUUCAUGCUUCUGUUCAUCUUAUCCCCAGUCUGUCAUCUGCAAAGCCUGGUCUGUUUCUUAUACACAAGAUCUCUGAAAGUAAUUUUCAAAACAGUGAAAUUCUUGAAGAGGGACAACAAUUUAUGGAAAUGCUUACUGAGAAAUCUGAGUUAUUUUGAGGAUGUAGUUAUCAAAACCAUAAGGGAAAGAUUUAGAAAUAUGCAGUUUUCAUACUUUUGAAGUAGAUUCAAACAAGCAUGAAUUUGGAAGAUCAUUUUUAUAUAAAAAUCUCUAAAGAUAAUGAAACAUUUUAUUGUGUAAUAAAGUGAAUAUUUUGAGGUGUGCAAUUUAGAUAAUAGUGAAGUUUUUCUGAGAGGGAAUGACUUCAGUAUAAUUGAUUCCACAGCACCUUAAUUAUCUGAUUACUUCCUCAGCUUGUUGGAGAAGAUUGUCAUAUUCAAAUGUUGUGUAGAAAAGUAACUUUAUUAAAACCUAUAGAACUGUUAACA